AAAAUUUGCCCACUAUCUCCUCUGACGGCUUUUCAAACUACAGGCACCAAACUGUCCGGAUCUCGAUCGGUGCCUGUGUAUACAAUUUUCAGAUAUUCUGAAUAGUUUCCGAGAUACUAAACGUUAUUUUUGGAAAAAUCCUUGUCUAGUUACACUUUUCCUCUAAAAUCGCUUUGUUUGGACAACUCAGAAGACGGACGACGCAGACGUUUAUCCUUAAAUAACAUUCAGUGCGCGCGCUCACGAAGCAGCGCAGCAUCAGCAGUAGGCAAAGAACUGACGCGCGCCCCCGCUUCAGCCGAUAGUACCUCUUUAGUCAAGAAAGAGAGCUGGAGCUCGGCUCGUUGGUGUUUGGAAAACGGGGAAAGGAUGCUGCCGUGGUUGGCGAAAAGAACAUACCACCAGAAACAAGAAGGAUAGACGCACGAGGAAACGCCUGUCUUAUAUGAACGAUGAAUCGCAAAAUAUUGGGCUCAAGUGUUUUACUUUUGCUCGGUUUUCAACACUGUUCCUCACGAGACUGUGUUGAUCCACUGGUGGGCCCACUCUAUGCAUCCUCUUUCUCAGCCUCCUCCCGGUAUAGCUUUCUGUACUCUGCAAACUUGGCCAGAUUGUACGGAAGUAGUGGGUGGUCUCCGUCUCCAAAGGACCAGCAGCCAUGGCUCCAGAUUGACCUGCGGAGGAAGUACCGGCUGGUGGCCAUCUCCACCCAGGGCACCUUCAACUCCUACGAUUGGGUCACCAAAUACACCCUGCUGUAUGGGGACCACCCGGAUUCCUGGACCCCCUAUACCCAGAGAGGGGGGAAUUCGACCCUGUCUGGGAACUGGAACUAUUACCAGGUGAAGAGACACGUUUUCCACCAUGCCUUCACGGCCAGGUACCUCCGCUUCCUCCCCCUGGAGUGGAACACAGGGUCGGGGGGCAAGAUCGGGGUGCGGCUGGAGGUCUACGGCUGUGCCUACGACUCCUAUGUGAUGUCAUAUGAUGGUGAUCAGAUGAUGGCGUACGUGUUCCCGCUGAAUAAGCUGCGCACGCUGCAGGACCUCAUCACCCUGAACUUCAGAACCCAGGAGCGGGACGGCGUGCUGCUGCACAGUGAGGGGCUCCAGGGGGACGUCCUGACCCUGGAGCUGCGGAACUCACGCCUCUACCUGCACAUCAGCCUGGGGCACAGUACUCUUCAGGAGAGGGAAGGCUUGACUACUCUAACUGUGGGAAACCUCCUGGAUGACCAUCACUGGCACUAUGUCACCAUCGAGCGCUACGGUCGCCAGGUCAACCUGACGGUGGACAGCCACACCAAAAGCGCUAUCUGCAAGGGGGAAUUCAUCCACCUUGACCUUGAUACUCAGGUGUACGUAGGUGGAGUGAUUGAGCCUGACAUGCCACACCUUCCUGAGAAGAGCAACUUCCGGGGCUGUCUGGAGAAUGUCUUCUGCAACGGGAUCAACUUAAUCAGCAUGGCUCAGCGGAAAGACCCGCAGAUUCGAUUUCCUCCUUGGCAGGUGUAGCACUUCACGUCAGUGCCAAUACUUUACAGCAAACACACAACAUAUCACACCCAACUGCCCAACAACUACCUGCAGGUGCCGGGGAUGUUUCGGAAGCCCCGCUUGGCUGUAAAGUUCAAGUUUCGCUCAUGGGAUUACACAAGCCUGUUGAUGUUCACUAGGUUUGCUGAUGACAUUGGGUCGCUGGAGCUGGGCAUGAGUGAGGGCCAAGUCAAUGUAACCCUUGAGCAGCCAGGCAAGAGACUGCGGUUUGCUGCAGGUUACCGCUUGAACGAUGGCCAGUGGCACACAGUGGACUUAGUGGCCCGAGACAAUUUUGUGAUGGUGACAAUUGAUGAUGACGAGGGGUCGCCUCUGAAGAUCAGCAGUCUCUUUACAGUGCGCACUGGGGAUCGCUACUUCUUCGGUGGAUGUCCCGCGACUAACACCACGGACACGUGCGAGACCGAGCUGAGUGCCUUUCAUGGCUGCAUGCAGCAGAUAUUCAUCGAUAACGAGCUGGUGGACACGGACACCGUGCUGCAGAGACACCAGGGCUGCUACUCCAGCCUGCUGCUGGGCACCUGCAGCAUCACUGACAGGUGUAUCCCAAACCCAUGUGAACACGAGGGGAGGUGCGUUCAGUCCUGGGAUGAUUUUAUAUGCAUGUGUGAAAACACUGGAUACAAGGGGGAAGUAUGCCAUAUGUCGGUCUACCGGCAGUCGUGUGAGGCCUACCGGCUGAGCGGGAAAUCCAGCUCUGGAAACUACACCAUCGACCCUGACUUGAGCGGCCCUUUGAGACCCUUCAGCGUGUCCUGCAAAAUGAAAGCAAACAAGGCCUGGACGGUGGUGAGCCACGACCGUGUGGAUAACACCGAGGUGACGGGCUCUUCGGCAGGCCGGCCGUACCUGGGGGAUGUGGAGUACCACAACGCCUCCUGGGCUGAGGUCACAGCCCUGGCUCAGGCCUCAGAGUACUGUGAGCAGUGGAUCGAGUUCUCCUGCAACAAGUCCCGCCUCCUCAACACCCCUAGUGGAAAGCCAUUCAGUUACUGGAUCGGUCGUCAUGGCGAGAGGCAGGUGUACUGGGGCGGUUCCUUCCCAGGAAUCCAGAAGUGUGCCUGUGCCAUCAAUCAGACCUGCACAGACCCCAGGUUCCACUGCAACUGCGAUGCAGACUACCUCCAGUGGUCCUCCGAUAGGGGCUGGUUGAACUUCCAGGACCACCUGCCCGUCCAGAGGAUCAUUAUCGGAGACACAAACCGGACGGAAUCGGAGGCCCAGUUCAACCUCGGACCCCUGCGCUGCUAUGGCGACCGAAACACAUGGAACACAGUAGCCUUCACCAAACCCACCUACAUAGAGUUCCCCACCUUCAGGCCUGGCACCACCGCUGACAUCAGCUUCCACUUCAAAACCACGGCGGACCACGGGGUGUUCCUGGAGAACUCGGACGAACACCAUCGCUGCUUCAUCAGAGUGGAACUCAACUCCACCACGGACCUGCUGUUUGUCUUCAUGGUGGGCAACGGCAUUGUAAACGUGACCCUGCGUUCAGCGCGGCCCCUGAACGACAACGCGUGGCACUGGGUGCAGGCGGAGAUAAACGUGAAGAUGGCGCGGCUGAGGGUGGACCGCCAGCCCUGGGCAGUCCGCCGCUUCCCCGGGCAGACCUACCUCACCAUGGCCUUCACCCAGCCCCUUCUCGUGGGUGCUGCUAAGCACAAACUGAGGGCCUACCUGGGCUGUCUCAGAGGCCUGCGCAUGAACGGCGUGCCCCUUGACCUGGAAGCGAAAGCGGACGAACAGGAAGGAGUCCGGGUGAACUGCACAGGGCAGUGCCUGAACGCAGCAGUACCGUGCCGCAGCGGUGGCCGCUGCAUAGAGGGUUACGCCUCCUACUACUGCGACUGCAACAAUACCGCCUUCGAGGGCUCCUACUGCCAUAAAGACAUUGGGGCCUAUUUUGAGACGGGGUCAUGGCUACGCUACGACAUUCGAAGGGAGGCGCUCUCCGAUGAGGCCGCCUGGGCAAGCUCGCCGGACCCACGUAACUUCAGCCUGGGGUUCAACCAGACCAGCGAGGAGAUGGAGUUCAGCUUCAGCACCACCCGAACCCCCGCUGUGCUGCUCUACAUCAGCUCCUCCAUCAGAGACUACGUCGCCCUCAUCCUCAAGCACGACGGCAGCCUAGAACUGAGGUACCGGCUGGGCCAAUUCACCCAUAAAUACCUGGUGUCCCCUCUCAACCUAGCGGAUGGGUUCCCCCACUUCGUCAACAUAACCAGACAUAACUACACCAUACGGACUCAGUUGGAUUACAUGGACCCUAUCUGGGAGAAGAUUCCCCUGCUGCAGGAUUCCAGUUUUAACUCACCCAAGUCCAUGUUCCUGGGGAGGGUGAUGGAGGUUGGGGAUUUAGACCAUGAAAUUCAGAGGCACAACACUCCUGGGCUGGACGGCUGCAUUUCAGGGGUGCGGUAUAAUAUCUAUGCCCCUCUCAAGACAUACUUCCGCUCCAACGAGGCAGAUCCUCCAAUCACCACGCAGGGAUAUGUACUUGAGUCCAACUGUGGAGCCUACCCCCCCAUCCAGGGUCCGGUGCCCCCUGAGGCUGACCCCUGGUACACAGGUCUAGUGUUUGAGUAUAUCCACGAUGACCUGCCCAGUUUACCAGUGUUAGCACUCAUCGGGCUGCUGUUCCUAGCACUGAUAUGUGUGGUCCUGUAUGCAAUCUACCUGUACCUCUACCGGUACAAGGGCAGCUACCACACCAAUGAACCCAAAAACCUGGAGUCCCCCAGCAGUGCCUGGCCUCUGACUGAGACUUUCCUCAGGGACAAGAACAGCAACCUCCCCCAAACACCGGAAGAGUCCAGGAGCGAGUGAAUUCCCUGACUGGGGGGCUGGGGGC